AUGAGUCAAAACCACCAACAAGCGCAUACGUUUCAAACAACGGGCACGUCAAGGAAACGCAAGGGCACGACGGAGAGUGAUUUCAGUUUCGAUCCAAGAGCCACUUUGUCUACAUCGAACUGUCUUUUGGCCGGCUACAUGGCUCAGGAGUUGCUCACGUGCGGGACCAUGUUGGGCCGGAAGCUAUAUCCUGGAUGGGCUGAAGUUGGGCCGCUAGACUCGCCGUCGCAGAAACACAGGGAAGUGAAGAAGAAGGCUGCUCACCAUAGCUACUCUAAGGUGGCGAAUGUGUUCAAAACAGAUGGGACCCACGCUCCUGGUGUGGUUAACCCGACCCAGCUUGCUAAAUGGAUCCAGAUGUGA